AAAUUUACAAUUUAGCGCGUUUUUGGGAUAGGUCGUGUACGUAGAAUUAAAAAUAAAAUUUUAAGAUACGAUUUAAUUAAAAGUCUUAUGUAUAAGCUUUGGUCUAUUCGUGUUUUUUAUAUGAGUGAGAAUUAUAUUUCUGUUUCAAAAUGAGUGAUGGAAUAGUAACUAUGCUGGAUUUCGUAAGAAAAGCUAUCAGUGAAACAGAAGAUUUAGGGUCUCUAACAAUUCGUGAUCUUCGUACUGGUUUUAUGAAUGAACUAAAGUUACAGUCUUUGAGUUCUGAGGAAAAAGAAACUUUCAGAACAAUUGUAGACAUAGCCCUUGAAGAAAAUAACCAAAUCAAAUCAUCAAAAAAGGAAAAUGCUGGAUGCAGUGAUAAACCAAGAAUGAUGACAAACACUAGAAAGAAAACAUUAACAGACUCAAGUGAAACAUUUAUGGAGAGUUGUGGUAAUGGUAAAAACGGUGCCUUGGAAAAGCAAACUCAAGAAAAAAUUGAAAGUAUAAAUAAUGGUAAAAUGGGUUAUUUUAUAGGCCAAAAAAUAGGAAAAAAAGGUACUUCCCAUAAAAAGUCACAGUUCAAAUCAAAGUCAGAGAAGAGUGACACUGAAACUGAGAAAUGUCACUCUCCUAACAUCCAUGCAAGAAAGUCACGACCCAAGAAAAGGAUGCAUGAGAGUGUUAGUGAAAAUGACCAGGAUAACUCCCCAGUCACUUCCAGUAAAAAAUCACAGCACACAAAAAGGUCACAAGAGAGUGAGAGUGAAGAUGAACAGGAUAAUUUUCCAAUUAUUUCCAGUAAAAAGUCAUGGUCUAAGAAAAGGUUACAAGAUAGUGAGAGUGAAAAUGAACAGGAUAACUUCCCUGUCACUUCCAGUAAAAAAUCACAGCACACAAAAAGGUCACAAGAGAGUGAGAGUGAAAAUGAACAGGCUAAUUUUCCAAUUAUUUCCAGUAAAAAGUCACAGCUCACAAAAAGGUCACAAGAGAGUGAGAGUGAAAAUGAACAGGAUAAUUUUCCAAUCAUUUCCAGUAAAAAGUCACGGUCUAAGAAAAGGUUACAAGAUAGUGAGAGUGAGAAUGAACAGAAUAACUCCCCAGUUAUUUUCAGUAAAAAGUUGCAGCUCACAAAAAGGUCACAAGAUAGUGAGAGUGAAUGUGAACAGGAUAAUUUUCCAAUUAUUUCCAGUAAAAAGUCACAGUCUAAGAAAAGGUUACAAGAGAGUGAAAGUGAAAAUGAACAGGAUAAUUUUCCAAUUAUUUCCAGUAAAAAGUCACAGUCUACGAAAAGGAAACACGAGAGUGAAAGUGAACAAUGUAGUUCUCAAAAAACUUUAAGUGAAAAGACUUUUGAAAGUAAUAGUGAUGAAGAAAAAAACAUUAGUUUUGAAAAUAAUAUAGCAAAAAACAUAGAUAAUAGAACGAGUAGCGAUGAAGAUGAAAAACCUCUUUCUCUUCUUGGGAAAACAGCUGGAUCAUCUUCUAGUAAAAACAAACUUCAAUUGAAGCAUGGUUCACAAAGCUCCUCAGAUAAAUCUUCAGAGGAUGACUUGGAUCAAAGUGAAAAUGAAGAUUCUAGGAGAGGCAAAAAGAGAAAACGACAAGAAUCGGGAAAGAGUAGCAUAAAACCUGUUCACAAAAAAGCAAAGAUUUCUCCAGAAAGUAAGAGAAAAACUGAUGAUGAUGAUCCACGGAUCAAACGCCUCAAAAGAUACAUUUCCACAGCAGGCCUGAGAAUUAAAUAUGGAACAGUUUUUGAAGGAUGUAAGACGAGGAAGAAGAAAGUGGAGAAACUGCUCCAAAUUCUAAAGGAUGAAGGCCUGAAAGGUAAGCCUACCUUGAAGAGUUGUAAAGCCUUGAAAAAAAAACGAGAAAAGAAACAAGAAUUAAAAGAACUAGAUGUUUCAAACAUCAUUGAUACAAAUGGAGAGCGACCACGAAGAGGAGUCAAGAGCCUCUACCUAGAGAAGCAGCCAUCGAGAAUCACGGAAGAAAUGGCACAAGUGAAAAAAACCUUUUCCAGAUUAAAAGAAAUUAUUGAAAGUGAAGAAAGUGACUAAAGUGAAGGAAGAUCAAGUCUAAAUAACUUGUGUAACAUGCUUUUAAACUUGAGAUUUGUCACUUUGUUGUGUGGUAUUAUCAAACUGAACUAUGUUUGACUGUUUUUUUAGUUCUUUUUUACUGAAUAAUAAGCACAAUACUGAUAUUUUGAUACUGUUCAAGUAUACGGAGGAAGAUUUUGUUUAAACAGUGAAAAAAACAUCACUUAUUAAAUUCUUGAACUAACAUAUUUUUCAUUCAUUUCCAGUAAUAUUCAUAUAGAUUCUGGUAUGGCUAUAAUUCAGGUUGUUUCAACCGAGUAAACAUCGUAACGAAAGCUAAUUGUUCAAAAAGACUGUUACAUCAUCCUGGCUAAUUAAAAGCUACAUAGGUUGAGUAGAAGAUUAAGAUGAUAACUAAUCAAAACAACUUUUCUGUAACUGUUGAGACUGAAUACAGGCAAAAUUCUUACUAUGGAUAUUUUUAAUAUUACAUACUUGAUUUUUGAUCAACAAAGUAAAAUAUUAAUAAUGAAACUUGUUCAGUGAAUUUUGGCAUUUUUUGGUUUUCAUUAAACUUUUGGCUUCUAACAAAUAUAUUAGUUUCAUAAUUUUAUUAUCAAAUGCCAUUAGUGAUUAAAGAAACAGACACUAACCCUCAGAAUUCAGAAAAGUUUGAUAUUUAAGGAAGUUAACAAAUCUUAUUUACUAAAGUCUGUAAAUUGUGAACUGGUUUUUUGAGAAUUAAUUCUAGAACCAAAUGCUCUUAAUAAAGUUUCAAAUGUUUAAGUACUGAAGAUAAAAAGUAAAAAUUAAAUUCAUUUUGAAAAGUAUCUGGCUACUAAUAAAAAGAUGUUAAUAAAUUAUUCGGAAUUUUACACACUCACGUUGCCACCUAUAACCACAUAUAUUUAGUUGAGCUGUUUGUGGAAAUUAUUAUCAGAUGAUAAGAACUGUUAUUUUUAUGUUGCAAAUUUUUAUUACUUUAAUGUGCAUAUUUAAUAUUGAAGCAUAUUUUUGUUGUGAAAAAAAUUAUUCUUGAAUAUGACUAGUUUUUGAAUUUUGGGAAUGUUAAUAAAAGAAUUAACAGCCAGAAGUUCAGCACUGUAUCUUAUUGCAUAUUUACGUGCUUUUUCAACAUAGAAAAAAAAAUUAUUAUUGCAUCCUCUUAUAAAAGUCUUAAGACGGAAAUAGAAAAACGGGGUGCAGUAAAGUUUAAGUACGAACGAACUGUUUAUAUAAAUUACUUUCAGUUCAUAAUAUUUCUUCAUUUUAUGUUUUUCUUUGGAAUUUGAACAUCAAUCAUUAAUGUAUAGGUCAACGCGGGAGGAAGGAAGACUUUCUGAAGAACAGUGAAACAUCAGGUUAUUAUCUUGAGCUAAUUGGUUGCACCAGAUCAAUUUGAUUAGCUAAGCCUUCAGUUAAAUUAACUAAACCUUCAUUUUUUUAAGUCAUACUUAAAAUUAAAGGUACUUUCUUGCAUUGAAACUCAAAUGUUUAUACUUUAAUUUUAAAGACCAAAAACUAUGUUUGCAAUUGUUUUACCCCUUACACAAUACAUUUGAGAAGUAUGUAGAAAUAGCCAGUCAUUCGUUAAUUAAACUGUGCUUCGACAUAAACUGCAAAAUUAACAGCCGCCAUUACUAAAGUAAUAUUAAAGUACUUAGGCUAAGUUAUGGCCGUUGCAAGCGUAUGUGUGAUCUAGGUCUUUAGAUUAUUUUUUCCGUAAAUUAGGCGUAAGAGGCUAGACCAAAAAAAAAUUAAAUAUCUCAGCUUGACUCAAGGCCCUAUUCCAUAAUUUAUAUUAUAUUUGUUUGAUCAAAAAAGAAUAAGAUAUACAGUCGAUUGUCCGAAAAUUACAACGAGAAAGAAAAAUAAUUUAUGUAUAUCAAAUUACCUUUCGACAGUGCUUCAGCAGAACUCCUCGUUGAAAUAAUUAAUAUUUCUCAAACAUUU